AAAACCCCUGGAAAAGGCCUGGGAUGAGCUUGGAAGCUCUGAGGGGGUGAAUUACUGUAGUCACGGGCUUCCCUCGCCGGCUGGAGAACUGGGGGUUGGAUUCUCUUUGGAGCAUGAGAGUCCCUCACAGAUGGAGGGAUCCAAGCCUGGAGGUGUCUUGGCUUAUCCCUAAAUCCCACCUGGCUGGUUUUUUCCUCCCCUUUCUCAGAAACAGCUGAUGGUUGUUGGGAUGGACGUGCACCACAGCCGCAGCCAAGGGAUGCGCUCUGUCAUCGGCUUCGUGGCCAGUAUGAACCACAUCCUCACCAAGUGGUAUUCCAGGGUGGUCUUCCAGAUGCCCCACCAGGAGAUCGCCGACAGCCUCCGGCUCUGCCUCUCCCAAGCCCUCCAGCGCUUCUACGAGCUGAACCACUCGCUGCCCAUGAAGAUCGUGGUGUAUCGGGACGGGGUGUCCGACCCCCAGCUCGACACGGUGCUCAAAUAUGAGGUGCCCCAGAUGCAGAAGAGCUUCAACACCUUUGAGAACUACCAGCCCAGCCUGGUGGUCGUGGUGGUGCAGAAGCAAAUCAGCACCAACUUCUACAGCCUGACGGGAGAGGAGUUCACGUCCCCCCCGCCCGGCACCGUCCUCGACCACACCAUCACCACCUCGGGCUGGAAGGAUUUCUUCCUGCUGGCCCACAGCUCCCGGCAGGGCUGCAGCAUUCCCACCCGCUACAUCUGCAUGUGGAACACGGCCAACCUGAGCCAGGAGCACCUCCAGAGGCUGACCUUCAAGCUGUGCCACCUCUACUGGAACUGGCCUGGCACCAUCCGUGUCCCAGCUCCCUGUAAAUAUGCCCACAAGCUGGCAUUCCUGGUGGGGCAGGUGCUGCACCACGAGCCCAGCGCCCACCUGAGCGAGCAGCUCUUCUUCCUCUAGUGUUGCCAGGGGCAGGAAAACCGGGAUUGGGCCGGGAAUUCUGCUCCCCAGCCGCCAGCGUGGGGGAAUCUUCCUUAAUUCCCUGUUUUGUUGUUAAUUUAUUCCCGUUAUUUAUUGGUUUUUAAGGGUUGCAGUGUCGGUUUAAAGGACACUGGGGAGCGUCCCAGGGCUGGGUUUAUCCCCAUGGGGAUGAAUCCAAAGGAAUAUCCCCCUGUUUUCCAGUCCUCCCAGUAAAGGGGGUUGAGUUAACGAGCCCCAGAGGUGCUGCUGCUCUCACAGUUCUUCCCUGUGCAGGUGCUGAUAUAAACCCCAAAGAUCUGGGGUUUUUUUUUCUUGCAUUUCCAGGGAGGUUUCAAGUUUUUCCUGGGUUUUUUUGUCUUUUUUCCAAGGUGCUGUUGAACAAACCAGCCCCAGGUUUGGCUGGUUCUCCCGUCCUUGAGGAGUCACUGGUUUCUCAAGGAGAAUUCUCUGUGCAUUCAGGUUGUUGUCCCAAGGGGAAAGUUUUUGAGUUCUUACCUUUUUCAGGUGGGGGGGUUUUUUUGCUUUAGUCAGGAGAUGUUUGAGACCUUCGAGCCUGGGGCUGUGAGACCACAAAAAACAGCCUAAAACACCUCAAAAGACAUGGAUUUUGCCUCAAACCCCUCCUGUGCAUCCCCAGCAGGGAUGGGGGGCCAGCAGGACCCUCCCCCCAGCCUCUCCCCUCCGUUUUAAUGCCAAAAAAGUUGGAAUUCCUCUAUUUUUUUGCCUUUGCUGUGACCAGUUUUUGGUUCUUUUCAAUAAAACUGUU